UGCAAUAUGAAUAAUAAACACUACAUGGCCAAUAUUAAAUAAAUAAAAUAAAUAAAUAGGAUUUAAGCUCAGUGUCCAGUUGAGUUCACCUUUCCUCGUCGUCUCUCUUUGGGACCAUCUGAUUGACUUAGAGUUAGAGAGUUAGCCAACUUGUGUAUGGACACAAAGGCCAUUAACUGUCCACGGAAAUGUACUAUUAUUUUUAUUUCAUUUUAUCUGUCUGUCCUGUUGCAUAUUAUACAUGUACCUCUGUUUGAUCUAGUAGACGUAGACCUAUCUCAUUUAAAUUUGAUUACAAGGGUACCAAGUAAAUCUGAACUUCCUCUGAAUUAACAUUUGGCUUCUUUUUCUAAACUAAAUCAAGACUGGAUGAAUUAUUGAGACGCCGUGCAUUCACCCCAAGUCAGUUUUAAUGGUAGAGUGGUUUGCGGCAACAAGGGAGAUUUAAAAAAAAAAAUGCUAAACUGCCUCUAUAAAAAAUAAAAAAGACCCCUAAAAAGGCAUUUGUUCAGGUCUUGUCAUCCCUGAAGAGCCACACUGGCCGAAAACCUGAAGUCUUUCACCAGUGAAGUACUCCAUUCAUUUAGAUCCUGGAGUCAUUCUUACCUCUCCUGGUUUUCUCACUGCUCCAGAAAAGCUGAAGGAAGCAGUGGACUGAAGGCUGCACCCGAAAGAAAACUGGAGCAGGCAACUUGAGGAUUUGGAUAGUUGCCUAAUGUGAAGUGACAGGAGAGAGGCUCGUAGUGGGACGCCGGCACUGGCGCCAAGACUGCAUUAAUUAACAAAUUCAUUGCAUCCCAGCUUAAUCAAGAACUAUGGGUGUUUUCAAAAGACGCAUGAACACAUUUAUUUUAUCUUUUCCUUUUUGCCUUUACACAACAACAACAACAAAAAUGUACGCACCACAUCAGGCACAGUAAACAAGCAAAACUUUAUAUGGGCUUUAUUAUGGUGUUUUAAAUGUUUAAGAUUAGACCAGAUUUAGGAAAAAAUAUUUGAUUAAAGGCAUCACUAACCUACAUUACAUAAAUUCUGCCUGUCUCCUUAUUGUCUGAGUGCUUAAAACCACGCCCAGCGCUCUGUAAGAGGUUCGGACAGUGAAAUUCCCCUCGUUAGUUUGCCUUGUGCCGGAGAGAAGUCUCUCUGUCCUCACUCACUUGGUGCCAUUGGAGCUUUCCUAACCAGCUUUACGCAUGGUCCCAAAGCGCGCUGCCGUUUCCUUUUGGAUCUAUCCAAAGGACGCAUUAAAUGCCAUCACGCUUGCCUUUGCACUAGUACCUGUAAACCUGUGUAAAUUUGCCUCCUUUGAACUCUUGGCCAUGAUUCAAAACUCACAAACUCUUCUAAAGGUGUUUGCAUUUCGGAUUUAGACGCCCGCGCGCCUGCAGCAGCAAACGGGCUGAAAGACUUCAUAGUAUCAACCCUUUGAGAUCGGAUGUCCCGAUGAGAGAUCCAGUCGACACAGCGGCUGCCAUGGCUUACCAUCCUUUCCAAGCUCAUCGAACAGGUGCCUUGCCCUUGUCAUCUUUCCUUACCGCCGCUCAGCCUUCGUUUUACCCCGGGAUGACUUUCCCAGAAGUCGCCUCUCUGUCUGAGCCUCUGUUUGAGCAGACACCCGCUGACGCGGGACUGCACGCAGCUCUGGGACGCCAACAUCAGCCAGUAAACCUGCGGUCCGUGAAGAGCAACCUGCAGCCGGACGAGGAGGUGGAUGAUGACCCGAAAGUCACAUUGGACUCCCAAAAUUUAUGGAGUGAAUUUCACAAAAGGGGAACUGAGAUGGUUAUUACAAAAUCGGGAAGGAGGAUGUUUCCGCCUUUCAAAGUGCGGGUAGAUGGACUGGAUGAAAAAGCAAAGUACAUCCUGCUGAUGGACAUCGUCGCCGUUGAUGACUGCCGUUUCAAGUUCCACAAUUCCCGUUGGAUGGUGGCUGGGAAGGCUGACCCGGAGAUGCCAAAACGCAUGUACAUCCACCCGGACAGCCCAUCCAAAGGAGAGCAAUGGAUGAGCAAGCCCGUCGCCUUUCAUAAACUCAAACUCACAAAUAAUAUUUCGGAUAAGCAUGGAUUUACAAUUUUGAAUUCAAUGCAUAAAUACCAACCCAGAUUUCAUAUUGUGAGAGCCAACGACAUAAUGAAGCUUCCAUACAGCACCUUCAGGACUUACGUUUUCCCUGAAACAGAGUUCAUCGCUGUCACUGCCUAUCAGAAUGAAAAGAUCACACAGCUAAAAAUCGACAACAAUCCCUUCGCCAAAGGAUUCAGAGACACUGGGAAUGGAAGACGAGAAAAGAGGAAUAAGCAGUUAACCAUAUCUUCGCUGAAUGAGACCCAAAGCAAAAUGGACCGGGACUGUGCUGAUUCUGAUGACUCAUGUGAACAACCAAGUACAAGCGAUCCAUUUUAUUCCCCUCGGGAGCUGAGCAGCCCACUGAUGUCCACACCAACCGGCCAAGAUGACAAUUCAGAUACUGACCUGCAAGAUGAGGACAUUGCUGAAACCAGCUCUUCCAGGACUGAACAUCUGUCUACUUUGAGUCAGAAGAGCGAGAAUACACUGUGGAACAAGUUUGCUGUCAGUCAGAGCAAUGAAAAUCAGGACACAGCAAAAGAAAGAACAAUGUUUAGAACAUCAGAGGAUAUGUGCCAACAGUUUCUUAAGCUUGGGGCACCUUUGUUGUUUCAUCCUGGACAAUUGUCAGUAAAACCACAGGCUUUUUCCACCACGGGUAUGGGACAUCUGUUUUCUUCUUUGCCUGGAGUAAAUAACCUAGAAAAUGGAGGCAUUUCUUCUCAAAGCAUCACCUCUCCAUCUCCCUUCAUGUUCCACCUCUCACAGCACGUGCUGACAUCUCAGGGAAUCUCACUGUCACCCUUUGGAGGAUUGUUCUCCUAUCCGUACCGCCACAUGGCAGCACAAGCUGCAAUUGCUCCAGCUCUCCCCACCUGUUCUGCAACCUCCACGCUGGCUAGAAACCACUGCCUCCACAGCUCUUGGCCUUGGUUGCGAUUCAACCCUUAUCAGAUCCCGAAGUCUGUCACAUCGAGCCAAAAUCUGCUGACAUCCAGAUCGUUUGGCAGUUCAGACUCGCAUUGUGAACUGUCCAAAUCGAGGAGCAGAGAAUCAAGUUCAGUGUCUGACAGUCACAGUCUCAAAAGCAAGUCCAAGCAGAAGACUGUUCCACCAAAGAACAUUAUCAAGGGUUCUAUUAAUGAGCUGCAAAACAUAUGUAAUCUGGUGAAAGGACUUGAUAAACCACCUCCUCCACAAUAGACUCUCUUUUUUAUCCCACGCCUGGUGGAUACUGGGUAAUGGACACACUGACAAAUUCAUGAUGUUUCACAUAAUCACUCGAAAGAAAUAGUCAAAAACUGCAUGUUUUGCUGCUAUUUAACUUAUCACUGCCAAAUCUGUGCUUACUGAAAGUUCUAUAUUAACAAAAAUAUCUUUUCAAGUCCUUUGGGGAAAACAAGCUAUGCAAAACCCAAAGUGGAAUGCCCCGUAAAAGCAAUAUUAUGCUUUAAAUAUGAAUAAAACACUUUUUUAUUGCUUUAUUCUGUACAAUGAGGUGAAUAUUUGUUAUUGUCUUUUUAGUUUUUUUCACACGUAUAAAACAUGACAAAGCCUUUUGAGACUGAAUACUGUAAGUGAUCACUGAUGAACCUGCCAUAGAUGAGAUGUGAGGAAAAUAUAUACCACUUCACAGUUGAUGUACCAAAGCUGCACUGUGGACUCGGAGAAAAAACUCAGGAUUCUUCAGCACUUAAGAAAAAAUAUCCGCCAGGUUGUCUGCAAAAUUAUUCAGGUAAACUGCUAUUGUGUUGUUGUUGUUGUUGUUGUUGUUUUUCACAAUUUAAAUAAAGCUGUUCACAUUUCAUACUGUUGUCUUAAUAUGUUUGUAAUACAUGUAAUAUUAUUGUUGGUGUUCCAUUGCACAUUAAAUAGGGAUUCUGCCUGUCAGGAACAAUUUAGCUAUCAAAUUGCCUCUGCGCUCUCAAAACUUGCCUUGUUCAACACUGUUGCUGUUAUUUACAGCCUGAAUCAAGAUAAAGGUAGAUUCUUGAGGACAGAAAGCUGACAAAUAAUGAAGCUCAUGUUAUACACAAUCAACUAUCAGUGUCAGCAAGGACACGUAGACGUCUGAAGAUCUGGGCUGUCACUGGAUCUAAGAGGUGGACUGAUCAGGAUUUGUCUUAGUGCUACGCAUAAUCCUUUAAAUGAAUUAAACUUCACGCCUUGUGGUUACUGUUUUCAGGACGGUCCAGGUUAAUGUACUGUGCCUUCACCUGGGAUGCCCUGGGAUGGAAGUAAUCUUGGCACUUCUACUCAGUCCUUCUCAAGGAACAUAUAAUGGUCAAAACUGGCAAUUAAAAAAUGUGACACUAAUAUUUAUCUUGCAUUUUAUUGUUGUGUAUGCUUGUUGAAGCUUCACCAUGGCAAGCUAAAAGCUGCACUAUGCAACAGCUGCUGCCAUGCCUUUGGCCAAAGGGAAAAUGGAUGAGCAAUAAAGGUGAGUCUGCAGUCCUGUGCACUUCAUUCCAUAUGCAUGAGUGCACCUCGCUGCUCGCUUGAGUAUUUCCCAAAACAUCUCUGCUUGUGACAGCAAAGCUACAUUUAAGUUUCUAAUCCCUCUGGCCAUACGUCUUCACAACAUAUUGACUCAUAUAAUUGUUAUGAAAAGGUUUUGAAAGAUUUAUUUAGAGACAUCAAUCACUAAAUAGGCAAAUUAAUUAACUAAAUGAAUGAAUAAUAAU